UGGAGGAGCAGCCAGUCAUUCCUGCCUCACUCCAGGCUCUAAGUUUACAGGCAGCCCGGCAGGAUCUGUUUUUUUUUUGGCUUGGACACAGCUCUCAUGACAGGAUUAGGAGCCGGGGACGCGGGACCAACCGGAGAUCUGCAGGUCCUAGUGGAAGAGCCCGAGCCAGAUUCUCUCCCAGCACAGCUGUGACCGGCCUCCAGUGUCCCGUCACACAAAUCACCCGACAACCGUCUCCUCAAGGUCGACCUGUUUACCGAGAGGCCUCCCCUUUCCUCUUCCCAUCAUGCGUCUCCUCGCCGCCUUCCUCCUCUUGCUGGUCCUGCGGUCGGCUGAGCCCAGGAGAGGCCCUCGGUCGGGGGCUGCGGAGAGGGGUAGCAGGGGCAUCGUGCGAGGAAGAGGCAGGGCAGGGGUCAUGCGGCGGCAAACUCAGGGUUGCAAGGAGUACAUGGAGGCAGGGGAGAAGUACCUCGACUGUCAGGACAAGCAGCUGACCGGGGUGAUGCAGGACUGGCCCAAAGACAUUCACCACCUGCUGCUAGCGAGAAACAAGAUUCAAGUUUUGCGGGACAACAUGUUCUUCCAGUUCACCCAGCUGAAGAGCCUGGACCUCCAGCAGAACCACAUCUCCAUGGUGGAGGAUGAUGCGUUCAACGGCCUCUCGCAGCUCACCACCCUGCUCCUCCAGCACAACAGACUGAAAACAGCCUCCGAGGAGAUCCUGCUGCCCCUGCCCCGCCUCAACUACCUCCGUCUCUACGAGAACCCUUGGAGCUGCCACUGCUCCCUCGACAGCCUGGUCAGGAAGCUGCAGGUGCCCAGCAGCCGCAACCUGGGCAACUUCGCCAAAUGUGCGGAGCCUCUUUCGGUGUCGGGCCAGAAGCUGAAGAAGCUGAAGGUGGACUCGCUGUGUGUCGACGCCAACCACGUGAGUACGGGAGGCAAGGAGGGGGGGCGCCCGAGGCCUCCACUAAUCAAAGUGAAGUCGGAGGCCACGUCUUUGUGUCACACCUACAUGUUCCCCAAACCUCAGCUGGACUGCAACACCAAAGGUUUGGAUCACAUCCCGUCUGACCUGCCGUCUGACCUUGUGAAGAUGGAUCUGUCCAGUAACAUCAUCAAACAUCUCAGGCCCAAACAGUUCCUGCUGUCCAAAGACCUCAAGCUGCUCAACCUGAGCAGCAACAGCCUGCAGCGUGUAGACAGAGCUUCAUUUGCAGGCCUGCUGUACCUUCGUGAGCUUGACCUGUCCAACAACAGCCUCCAUUACUUCCAGUACGGUGUACUCGAGGACCUCUACUUCCUACGGAAGCUCUCACUGGCCAACAACCCGUGGAUCUGUGACUACAACAUCCACUACCUGAUCUACUGGCUGAAGCAUCACCCCGGCGUCUCUUACACUGGCCUGUUCUGCAGCGAGCCACGGGAGUUCAGGGGCUGGCGCGUCGAAGACUACGUCAAGACCUACAACGGGGAGUGUCCCAAGGAUAAACAAAUAGGAGGGGUUGACACGGGACAGGGAGGACAGGGAGAGUCGGACAAUGAAGCACAAGAGGCGAUGAGGGAGACUGAGCAUCUGCUUCAGCACCUGAAGCAGAAGAAGCGAAAAAGGUUUGAGAUCAUCAGGCUGAGUUAAAGCGGAGGUGGAUCAGUGGACUGGUUUGGUUUAGAUGGAGGGAAAUGUAUAGAAGAGGCCGCAGGGUGGUCUGUGGACAGGCUGGAGGACGGAUUAUUAAAGGCAAUGAUGUGAUGUUCAAAUAAAGACAUGAUGAGCGAAAAUACAAAUUUGGGAUAAAUCCAGAAUUUUGGCUUUUUCUUAUGAUUUUUAGAUAUGAAUUCUUAUUGCUACGUUUACCUUUAAACAAGAGGUGUAGGAAA